AUGAGUGCGACCCCUGGUGCAGCAGUAAAGUUGCGCCUUGGUGUUCAGUUGGAUAUGGCAGAAGAUAUGAAAAUUGAUCAAAUUGUGGAAGUUCCUGAUACCCCAGAUAGAAUAACUGUGAAGGGUGGCGAUCAGAAAUAUUUAGGUAAUCCUGAGAAGAGGAGCAGAGCUUUCAAUGCUGCAGUUGAAAUGAAUAACAGUAACUGUACAACAUUGUCACCGUCAGAGAAAUCUUAUCCUUCUCAAAAUGCUCCCAUCUUUAGGAGAGGUCAAACAACACAUUCUAUUGGAGCUGAAAAGGCGGAGAAAGGGAAAAGUGUAAGCUCCAAAGUUUCUUCUAAAUCAUCUCACUGUGGUAUUUCUGUUUUAGAUUUGACUGAAGAGAACGGACAGUGCCAACAACUUAAACCAACUUUCUCACAUCGUGGAUUAAGAGAUCAUGCAAACGAAGACAAGAAAGUGCUGAAAGCAACUAUUGGGAACUCUUUAUUGCCAGCCAUUUCAGAUUCUUCCAAUACAUCUAGAAAUUCCUUCACUGGAAAGUGCAAACUUGAUAAUAAAACACUUACAGGCCCUAGUAUAUCUGUGGACCGCGGCAAAGGUAUUUCUUUAUCUCAUGAUUCUCGAUCUCAAAUUGAAAAGCAAGUGGCUUUGACUCCAUUUGUUUCCACCCCUCCACGAGGUAGAGGGCACAAGAGAUUGGUGCGAAAUGGGUGCAUUUCACCUCAUAAUAUCGCAAGGGCAAAACAAUUAGCUGAACAGAGCAACCCUCAAACAGAAGAUGUUGAACAGAGGCAUGCUGAUCAUGUGGUUUCUAUCAAUAAUACAGUGUCACCAAAUAGUGUUGAUGACAUAGUUGCUAGUAGGAGAGGCAAUGGUAGAGUCAAAGGAAAGGAAGUACUUGUUCCUCCUUCAUUCCAUGGACGCAAUGCGGGAACUUUUCAUGUUGCUAGCAGCAGCCCUGUGAUCAAUUAUGAAGAGGUCACUGGUAGCAGUAAUGAUACAAGAAAUUCGCAUCAAUACUCUGGGGGACAAGGUGGAUGGAGAACUACUCAUAAUGAGAGGAAUGCUAAUCGGCACUUGUAUGAUGUACAUGGGCAUCAUUUGACGAGAAAUAGUGGUGUUGGAAGAAUUAUUCAUAGACGGAAUACAUGCAGAAUGGACAAAAUAAACAUUGGGAAUGAUCAAAGCAGCACACAUGUACACGGUUCUCAAUCAGAUAAGACAGCUCAACCAAGUUCUGGGAUCAUUCUAGACGUGGACCAGUCAUCAGGUAUUCGUCCUACUGCUGACAUUCUGACUAAAAGGCAAAGGAAACGUGAAUCACCUGGGGAAUCAAGUUCAUUUCCGGAAUUGGUAGAGUUGUUAACCACACCAAGGAAUUCAGCAAGCACAUCCCAGAGCCGUGUGGAUCCUGAAGUGAUUGAGUUGUUAUCCACACCAAGAUACAGAUCAAGUGAAGAUUUAGAUGAUAAUGAUAGUAAUAGCUUGGAAGCUCGGGCUAGACAAGUGGAAGCAGAUGAGAUAUUGGCACGUGAACUCCAAGAACAAUUGUAUCAUGAUGAUUCUAUCGAAGACACAGGGAUUGAUGAACAUUUAGCGUGGGAGUUGCAGCAUGCAGAGGAUCUUCUGGAUACACCUAUUGAUAAUCACAACAUAAAUUAUUCUACACGGAUUCCUAGGGCAAAUAGACAGUCUCGUAUAUGGCCUAAUCAAAAUUCUUCUAGAAGGAGAGCUAUGCCUCAAGGUUCUUUCCCUAAUAGAAUGUCACGGUUGAGGAGUCGUGUUCCAAGUAGGACUCGGACACCUAACAUGUCAUAUAGAGGAAGAGGCCCCCGGUUUCCUCUGGAUAUGGACUUGGACACGAGACUUGAUAUAUUGGAAGCUUUAGAGGAUUCAAUGGGGGGUUUCAGAGAUAUGGGAAUGGCUGAUGACAUCUUUAAUGAGCUACGUGAUUUCAACGAAAGUGAUUAUGAAAGGUUAUUGGCCCUUGAUGAGAGAAAUCACCAACAUACUGGUGCAUCUACCAAUCUGAUCAAUAGCCUUCCGCAGUCAACCAUCCAGAAUGACAACGUGACAGAGCCAUGUGCUAUAUGUCUUGAGACCCCAGCCAGGGGGGAAACUAUUCGCCACCUUCCUUGUUUGCACAAAUUUCACAAAGAUUGUAUCGAUCCUUGGCUCCGGAGGAGAACAACAUGCCCCGUGUGCAAGUCGUCAAUCACCUAA